UGUGAAAGCCAACGAGAAAGAGUGCAUCAUUAAUUUUUCUCCGCGUUGAUUAACUGUUGUUAUUGCUCUGCUGUUACUAUUUACCGCUGAGUAGCCGAUUCAGUUUACGUUUAUCACUACGCCGGCGUCGGUGCGAUAGUGGCUGAGAAGUUGUGUUUAUACGUGUUAGCAGAUCUCAGUGGAAAAUGUCAUUCCUUGAUUGGAUUUUGUUCAUUGUUAGUGGCGUACUACUGAUCAACUAUCUGCUGGUUCGAAGAAACUUAAAAUAUCAAUCGCAAUGGCCAGGGCCGGUGGCAGUUCCACUCAUCGGAUGCUACUAUUUGUACUUCAACAAAAGUCCCGAAGAUGUCAUGGACUUUAUAUUCUCGCUGAGCCGCAAGUACGGCAAGAUGUUCCGUGUGUGGGUGGGAACCCGGCUGGCGCUGUUCUGUACCAACACACCGGAUACGGAAACAGUCCUGAGCAGCCAGAAAUUGAUUCGCAAGAGUGAGUUGUACAAAUUUCUGGUACCGUGGUUGGGCAACGGAUUGCUGCUCAGCACCGAUCAAAAGUGGUUCAACAAGCGCAAAAUCAUCACUCCGGCGUUCCACUUCAAAAUACUGGAACAGUUCAUCGAGGUGUUCGAUCGGCAGAGCAGAAUUUUGGUAGAGAAUCUGAAACCGGAAGCCACCGGGAAACUGGUGAACGUGUAUCCGUAUGUGACACUGUGUGCAUUGGAUGUAAUUUGCGAAACCGCAAUGGGCACCCCGAUAAAUGCUCAAACAGAUACAGAGUCAAAAUACGUCCGAGCAGUGACGGAGCUGAGUUAUCUGCUGACAACCAGAUUCGUAAAAGUGUGGCAAAGAUCGGACUUCCUAUUCAAUCUAUCACCUGAAAAGAAACGGCAAGAUAAAGUAAUUAAGGUGCUUCAUGACUUCACGACGAGCAUCAUUCGCAAGAGAAGAAAGGAGUUGGUGGAUCAUGGUGACAGCGGAAUUGAAGGAGAUGACAACAUCGGCACAAAAAAGAAAAUGGCAUUUUUAGACGUCUUGCUGCAAGCUACAGUCGACGGGCAACCAUUGUCGGAUAAGGAGAUUCAGGAAGAAGUUGACACGUUUAUGUUCGAAGGCCAUGAUACUACUACAAUCGCAAUCGCAUUCACAUUACUCCUGUUGGCACGUCACCCAGAAGUUCAAGAAAAGGUUUACAAAGAAGUCAUUGAAAUCAUUGGAUCCGAUUCGAACAGUCCUGUGACCUAUAGAAAUCUUCAAGAAUUGAAAUAUUUGGAAAUGGUGAUCAAGGAAUCGCUUCGACUGUAUCCUCCGGUGCCGAUCAUAGGGAGAAAGUUCACCGAGAAGACAACGAUCGGCGGGAACGUCAUCCCGGAGGAUUCCAACUUUAAUCUAGGGAUUAUUGUGAUGCAUCGUGACCCGACGUUGUUUGCAGACCCGGAAAAGUUCGAUCCAGAACGGUUCAGUCCAGAGCGAACGAUGGAACAAUCGUCACCGUACGGAUACAUCCCGUUCAGUGCGGGCCCCCGAAACUGUAUAGGACAAAAAUUUGCAAUGCUAGAACUGAAGAGUACCCUUUCCAAGGUGAUUAGACACUAUCGGUUGACGGAAGCGGGUCCGGAGCCGAAAAUCAUAAUCCAACUUACUUUGAAGCCGCAAAACGGACUGCAGAUCGCUUUUGUACCUCGUGCUUAAAUCGUUUGUAAAUUAUCACGAAAGGUAACUAUAUGUGAUAUCAUUAUAGAAAUACAUAUUUUCCAACAAAUGAACAA